AUGAUGAUAUCCUCUGCGAAAAGAAGGCGCACAGUCUAUGACUCCGAGUUUCCCCACGGCUCCACUGAAUCCAGGCCGGCGCCCUAUGGCUCUUCACAGCGUGUGCGGCAACCUAGCAUUCUGCAUCCGGGUUCACAGUUCACGUAUGGAGGACCUGUACACGAUCGGCAGGAUGCAUCUGACAGUGACUUAUUUCUGCACGCUGCCGAUGAUGAGCUCGACCAAGUCAUCGUGGCCAUCGACACGCGGGACUCAGGAACAGUUGGAUGCUCAUACUACUCUGCCCGAGAAGAGAAGCUUUACCUGCUGGGGGACUUGCGUUACUCCGACUCAGAGAUUAUCGACAGUCUGAUUCUCCAAACCAGUCCCACGAUGCUUUUACUCUCACCCCGUGUGGACCACAACGCCCUCCAAGACAGACAAAUGCUCGAUCCAGACAGUGACACUGGUUCUUUGCUCCCAUUCCAGCUUGAUGUCCGUCCGUCGCAAGAGUUCGGCUACGAGAACGCAAAGAACAAGCUAGUGGCUCUGGGGAUUUCUUCAAAGCACGAGCAACGCAUCCGAUUCCUCGUGCCACACAACGGACUCGUCGACAGCGAACAGAUAGACUCCGAGACUCUGGACUUCACCCUGCAGGAAGGGAAGCUAUUGCACAUAUCGAGCUCGAUCGAGAUGGAAAACAUGGUGACGAUCGGCUGCGCGGGCGCUCUCCUCAUGCAUCUCCAAAGACGAAGAGCCUCUGCUUCUAUAGCUAGCAAUCAAGCCACGGAGCUCUAUCGGGUGGCAUUCGUGGAGAUGUUUAGCUUGUUAGGGACUAUGUUCGUCAAUAAAAGGACUCUCUCCUCGCUGCAGAUCAUGGAAUCGGAGUCUCACCCCAGCAUUGUGAAUCAGGGCAGAAAGUCCAAUUCCACGAAAGAAGGCCUCUCGGUCUAUGGUCUUUUCCAGCGCUUUGCACGUACGCCGCAGGGGAAAAUUCGAUUGAAGCAAAUGUUUCUUCGUCCGAGUGUGGAUGUUGAUGUCAUCCAGGAACGGCACGCUUUCCUCAGCGUGUACUUGAGGCCGGAUAAUUUCAUUCCUCUGGAGAAGUUGACCAAGAGCUUCAAGCAUAUCAAGAACCUGCGCUAUGUGAUGGUCAAUCUUCGCAAGGGCAUCGAUACAGGGAGCGGGAAGGUGACGGGUUUCAAGACUUCAGUGUGGGCUACGUUAUUGGCGUUUGCCUUUUAUGGUAUUGAUAUAUACGAUGCAUUGAAAGAAAGCGCUGGUGCGGAGAGAUUAGCCCUACAUCAGAAGGCUCUUCGUGUCUUUGAAGCGGCUCAGCUUUACAGGAUGGGCAAAAUGAUCCAAGAGAUUGUAAGUGGCAUGCCCUCUCUAGCGAUCCUCACUUAUCUUCUCAAGGUCGACAUAGAUAGCUCCGAGGAGCAGGGAAGAACAGUCGUAAAGCCGGGAAUAGAUCGGGAACUCGAUCGGAUGAAAGACACCUACGACGGACUCAACAGCCUCCUGAAAAAGGUUGCGACCGAGAUCGCAGGAGAGAUUCCCGGGUUCUACGACAUUGAUGUGAACGUUAUUUACUUCCCUCAACUCGGCUUCAACAUCGCCAUUCCACUGAACCAGGCGGGUGAUGCCGCUUACAGGGGCGAAGAAUGGAAGCUUAUGUUCUUCACAGAAAACAGGGCUUACUUCAAAGACUUUAGAAUGGUAGAGCUGGACGAGAAGCUGGGUGAUAUUUACGGUCUGAUCUGCGAAAAGGAGAUUGAGAUAGUAUACGAUCUCGCACAAAGAUUACUUCAGUAUGAGAAGAACCUCCUGGAGGCAUCUGACAUUUGUGGUCAGCUUGACAGUCUACUUGCAAUGGCUCAAUCGGCAAGCUUCUAUAAGCUUGUUUGCCCGAAAAUGGUGCCAGAGAACGUAAUCAAGAUUAGAGCCGGACGGCAUAUCUUGCAAGAGCUGACGGUAUCCUCGUACGUGCCUAACGAUACUUACUUGGUGGGUGGAACUCCGGCAGAUUAUCUAGCAUCAAGUCAGGCAUACCAAGACAACCUCGAAGGCAUGGAUGAAGAACAUGGGCCAAGCAUGCUUCUUCUCACAGGGCCGAAUUACUCAGGAAAGAGUGUGUAUAUGAAGCAGGUUGCUCUGAUUGUCUAUCUUGCACAGAUUGGAAGCUUCGUGCCAGCCGCAAGCGCAGAGCUGGGAAUAACCGACAAGAUCAUAGUCAAGUCGAGCACCCAAGACAGCGUGUCUCAGAUCCAAAGCACCUUCAUGCGUGACCUGCAACAAAUCUCCUUCGACAUGAAGCAAAUCACCGACCGCAGCCUAUUUAUCAUCGACGAAUUCGGCAAAGGCACCAGCGAAAACGAUGGCAUCGGCCUAGCCUGCGGCAUUCUCACCCACCUACUUGACCUCGAGAACCCACCGAAAGUCAUUGCAGCAACACACUUCCACGAGAUCCUCGAAAAUGGCUUCCUGACUCCCAGGCCCCAGCUGCAGCUAGGGCACAUGGAGGUCCGCGUGUCCGACGACUCGCGCGAGACCGAAGACCAGAUAACUUACCUCUACAACUUCCGACCAGGGCGAAGCGACAAAAGCUUCGGAACCGUGUGCGCUGCGAUGAACGGCAUUAGUCAGACUGUGGUCGAACGGGCGAGCGAGAUCGCUUCUCUCGCUGCGCGAGGUGAGAACUUGAUUGCGGCGUGCGCCACGCUCUCGGCGGAGGAGAUGCAGUUGUUGGAGCAAGCACAUACAUUGGCGAGAAGGUUCCUUACGCUGGAUCUUUCGGAGUAUAAUGAGUUGGUUGAUGUCAAGGAUGUGCUUGAGAAGCUGUUUGAGGGGUUGUAG